AUGCCCGAAACUACAAAGAAGAGGAUCAAAAGGUCCCGUUUGGGAUGCCAUCGGUGCAAGAAGCUAAAGAUCAAGUGCUCCGAGGAUAGACCGGCUUGUGUGUCUUGUUCGAAGGCCAACGCUUCGUGUGACUACUCGUUGAAACUCACAUGGGGUGGAAGACCUUAUAAGAACGCAGAACGAAGAAAAGCAUCUCAGAUCCAGGGGAAGGUCCCUGCGUCUCAGAAGGGAGGAGGCACUAACCCUGGAGAGAUAACGUUUGUUGCAAGCAAAUACGAUAAGACGGCAACUGCUGCUAAAAACGACGACCAGCUGGCACUGGUGGUUGCAGCUCCUGCUGAAAAACCUGAAGUUGUUGGACCAGUUAAACUGGAGAUUAUUGAUGAUCUUGUGACUGAUAUGGCUCCUUCGGUGUCACAUACAUCUACAAACUUAUCCUACUCGCUGCAAAACGAAAGCGUUUCGAUGUCUCCAGAAAGAGGUUUGUCUCCUCCUGAUGAGACUUCUGCUCCGUUUUCACUCAUGCACAAUACUGUGUCUCCGGAUCGGAAUCUUGACCAUAUUGCAUCUCCCUCGAAUCAUCACUCAAUUUCAGUAUUAAACGGUAUGAUCGAUGGUUUCUCUCAUGAUUUACUAGACUUUGAAAGACAUGCUGAGAGUAAUCUAAGGUCUACCAGUACGAACUCGCCGAAAGCUGAUAUACAUGGCUGGUCACCAAAUGCUGUCAUGAAAUCUCCAUCGAUUGGACCAGUUCAGCUGAUUAACUCGUCGCCUUCUGCAAGUGAUCCGCUACUGAGAUACCAUUCACUUCUACCUCAGCCUUCUCCACCAGAGGCUUCUCAAGCAUUGCAUACAUUGUAUUCUAUUCCUCCACAACUCACGCCGUUACCAGACAUUAUGUUAAGAGUGCCAUGUUACCGUCAGUUACUCAAGUUCUGGGUUGAAGUUGCCUCAGAUGAACUUGUUCCCGCUCCUUCUCAUCUUUAUACUGAUAAUCCAUUUAAGGUGUUGGUGCCGCAGAUGGCUAUGCGCUAUCCUGGUGUUUUGACAACAGUUCUAGCGUUUGCAGCUCGUUGGAGAGGUGUAUUGACGAAUGAUCUUGAAGACGCAACUGAACUUGUUGAUCAACUAUUAAACCGUUCAUGUAAUGAACUUCUUAAACAACUUCAGAAUGAAGAAGAAGCAACGUCGGAUGGUGCCCUACUCACUGCAUUGCUUCUCUCUUGUUAUGAAGUGGUUAACUCCAACGAUUUUGAUAAGCAUAGAACACAUACAAUUGGCGCAAGUCAGAUUGUCUUCGCCAGGACGGCUGGCAAAGAAAAUCAACACAGCUCCCCGUCAUCUGAGGACUCAGACAAUUCAGACCGCUCGCUCUCGGUGGUAUACAACAGAGAUGAGAGUAACACUGCAUUUUUCUUGACUAGAUGGUUCUUCUAUGUCGACGUUCUUGGAGCACUUUCAGCUACACGAGGUCAAGACAAGUAUCUUCGUGGAUACCGCAACACUUCUUACACCCCGGUCAACACUGUUAACUUCUCGUUUAAUAAUGUUCAAGAUCUUGACCUUCGAAAUGAUAUCGACUUUUUCAUGGGUUUUGACAGCCGUAUCAUUCCACAUCUUAUCAAUAUUGCCCUUUUAAUACGAGAGGUAGAAAGGCUAGAGCCGUGGACUGAUGACAUUUCGCCUCUGUUACCAUUAUGGAUUGUCUCGGCGGCAUUGGAAUUGAAAGCCCAAUUAACUACUGCCCAUACGGCUGGUGAAGCAAGAAGGCAAGCUCGGACGGAACGGUCAAUUGACACCACUCUUAAGAGCGACUCCAGGCUGGAGAAGCAAAAGGGUAUCGAUAAGCUUUUGGCACAUGAUAAUACCCUUCGUGCUACUAAUAAGUUAUUCUUCUACAUGGGAAUGAUCAACCUCUACCGGCGAGUGCUCAAGAUCCCUCGCCUGUCUCCAAUAAUCCAAGACAUUGCAAACGAUAUGGCCGAUGUUCUUCGAUUUGGAGUCGAACCAAGAAGCUCUGCAGAGCUUUGUACUAUAUUUUGCCACUUUUGUGCUGGUUGUGAAUUACUAGACACCGAGAGAAGGCAACACAUCUACGAGAGACACUCAUGGAUGGCACAGUCCGGCAACAAUAACGCCACCAAGAGUUUAAAAGUGAUGGCUCGAUGCUGGGAGACUGGAGAAGAUUGGAUUUCAGCGGCCGAAGCCCUUGAUAUCGAUCUAGUCUUGAUGUAA